AGCCUCUCUCACCACAGGGGGCGCUGCUGUGCUUUUCUCAUCCCUGCUUGGCCGAGCCACUUCCGCUCCAACCGGUGGGCCGGGCCCGAGCGGCCUGCUGCAGGCGUCAUGAAGCUGUACCGCUGCUCCCGCCGUCUACCCUGGCUGAGCCAUGGGGCUUUUGCUUGCCGGUUAAGAGAGACUCACACGGUGGUCAAGCCGCAGUUGGAAACCAAACCAGAAGCAAAGCUUCAAAAACAAAUAUGCCAAGUUGUUCUUGAUCAUUUUGAGAAUCAAUACUCCAAGGAGUUGGGAGAAGUAUGGAGCUCUAUCAGGGAGGUGCUCACUACGCCCCAUUUCUGGCAGUAUGCUGUCCUCCUUAAUAAAUUCAAUUUUUCCUCUGAAGUGGAGAAUGAAUUGCAUUUGAAGGGUUAUCGCCUUCUUUUCCCCGAAACUACCUCCUGUUUCCGGCAGUCCCUCAAGUGUUACAUCACUAGCACUCCUGGAAGAUUCCCUGCUCAGAAACACAGAGCUGGUAAACUGAAGGAAUAUUACCUGCUGAAUGCAGCUUCAGUGCUGGCAGUGCUGGCCCUGGAAGUGGAGAAUGGGGAGAAAGUUUUGGAUAUGUGUGCAGCUCCAGGGGGCAAGUCAGUAGCAACACUUCUGUGUGCUUGUCCAGGGCUUCUACACGCAAAUGAAUGUGAUAGUUUAAGAGCAAAUUGGCUGAAGCAGACACUAGAAUCCUUCAUCCCAGAAUCUUUGAUGAACUUAGUUAUCACUUCUCAGUUGGAUGGAAGACAAAUUGGAAAUCUCCAGACUGAAGCAUUUGACAAGGUCCUCGUGGAUGCCCCAUGCUCAAAUGAUAGAAGCUGGUUAUUCUCUGCUAAUACCCAGCAGGCCACCCUGCGAUUAGCACAAAGGAAGGCAUUAUCUGCUGUACAGAUACAGCUGCUAAGGUCUGCAAUUAAAGCCUUGCGUCCUGGAGGAUCUCUGGUUUAUUCCACGUGCACUCUUUCUAAGGCAGAGAACAGUGAUGUCAUAAAUCACAUCCUCAGCUCCUACAGCAAUAUUUUGCCAGUGGAUAUAAGUACACUGGCCAGAGCUGCAUCACAGGAGUUCAGUCUUGCUUCAGAUGUCCAGCAGCAUGAACUUCUAGUACUUCCAGUAAGGGGGAAAGCAUGGGGACCAAUGUAUAUAUCCAAACUAAAGAAAAUUUGAUCCACAUUACUUCUUGGGUUGUUUUUGUAAGUCAUAUUGACAAAUCAUUUGGGCAGGAUUAUAGUUUUUUAAAACUAAAGAAGGAACAACAAUUAAAUCUAAUUAUUUCUCUUUUGA